AAAAAUUCUGGAACCUUCCAUAAUACAAUAUAUAGUCAGAUGUUUUAUAUUUAAAACAGAGCCUAAGAACUUAAGUAGCUAAACUGAAGAUAUUGAUGAAACUUUCCUGCAUUUCUUAAAAGUACAUUAUUACCAGUUUGGAUAUUUAAUAUUUGGAAGGAUUAUUUGAAGGAUUUAUAUAAACAUUUCUGGAUUUAAAGUUAUCUUUGAUGAGAGGAAUUAUAAAUUUUGAAUAUUACUUUUGAACUGCGUUAAACGUUGUGGAAUUCAUUCUGACUGGAUUUAAUUUGACCUGAAUAGGAUUUGGACUAUUUUACUUAUUAAAUUGGAUUUUACAGCUUUUUGUAAUUUUCAAAGUUCCGAUCAAAAUGGGUGUCGACAUUAACACAUACAGGGGACGGAUUGGUUCUUUUAGUUAUCAACUUGGACUUGACGUCGUAACUAUAACAUUUGUGCUUAACUUCAGUCGGGUAUUGAAAUGUAUCGGCUCUGUGGUAUUCAUUGGUCUACUUCUCAUAAUCGCUGGAAUAGAACAAAACCCAGGACCUAACGGAAAAGAAGAAGAAACGGAGUAUAAAAGAGUCCUAAUGAAUGUGUUGCCAAAAUGUGUUAAAAAGCUUCAUCCAGAUCCAGUGUUGGACAGUCUGCUUGCUGAAGGAAUUCUCACAGAUACCCAAACAAGAGAUAUUAGUGAUUUAUCUACAACAUCAGACCGUAACAGAUCAUUAAUAAUUGAAAUUAGCAAACGUGGUGUGGAUGCCUUUAAUAGUUUUAUGACAGCACUGAAGGAUUCGAAUCAGUUCGAACUUGCAGAAUACAUUGAACAACGCCUUGAAGAAAUGAUGAAAAAAGAAAUAAGCGCAAGUCCUCAGGGCAAAUUAGCGUCUAAAACAACAGAAACCCCUCAAGUGGAAAUGCCUAGGAGGGUACUUGCGACAAAGUUUGAUGAAAGGCAAGACAACAACUCAGAUACAGAUGAAGAUGAAUACUAUGACACGCAUGAUUCAGUAGCCUGGAAAAAAGUUGCUGAAAUAGAAUGUAUACUAAAUACGCUCGGCCUAACUGCGAAAAUCGAGACAAAAAUAACGAUUUCAGAUGUGAUUCAGCUGGACUAUUCCGUUCAUGAAAGAAAGUGGCUUUCACCUAGAGAUAUACCUUAUAUAUUCAUCAAAAGGCUUUUAUCAGGUAACAGCGACGCUAUGGAUUACAGAUCUUACCAAAUGGUGAAAAAAGCGAAUGCUCAAGUAAAAGGGUCUGCUCAAGCUCUGUAUCGACCUCGUGAAUCUGAUAGCAUUAGUCCACAUGACUUAUUUUCGUUAGUGUAUCAAUGUUGUGAUCCAUUCCUGAAACAACUUCUCUUUCAAAAACUUUAUCUUUGUAAAAUCUCUUUUCCAUUCCUUCAUAAGGAAUAUCCGUCAUCAAAGUCCAUACUGGCAUUAUGGCCACUCCGUUCGCUUGUUAUUGAGACUAUGGAGGAAAAUAGCAGUUGUGUUAAUAAGAUAGGAGAGUCUGAGCUUUUAAAAUUGCCGAUUAAUGUCGUUUCAUUUGCUCGUUUUGGAAGACCAAACUUAUCAAAAUCUAAACUGUUAAAUAGUAUUUUAUGCGAAAAUGGUUCCAACACAUUUUUUCAUAAAGAUCGUCCAUUAGGUACGAGCACCAGAUACUCGACAGCAGGUAACGUUGAGAUGUUUUAUCUGCCCGUUGUAAGUUGCAAUGACAAUGCAUUUAACCAGCCAAUAAUGGUUUUAAAUUUGAGAGGGGAUUUGAGGCACGACUUUAAUGAAAGUGUUUCUAACUUCAUAUCUGCUGUAUCUGAUAUAAUGGUUAUAGUUAUUGACUCACAAUCUUUUCAUACUAACAUCUCAUUGCUAGAGAAAACAAUCAUACAGUUUAAAUCAGUCGUGUUGAUCUUUAGCGGUCCUCUAGGUCCAGGAGAUGGCAAAAUAUUUCGAACGUUGAGAAAAUUGGAAGAUUUGGUUCUUGCUUAUGACAGUACAGCACUACAGAUUAUUUCUACACAUUCUGAAGUCGAUGAAAAACAUUAUGUCGACAUCAUAGCGGAAACCAGAGACACAAUAUCCGGAUCGCUUUCUGUUCAUUCGAUCCCUACUGAAUCUUUAGAGAAAAGAUUGAUGAAAACUUCAAUAGAAACUGACGAAACUGACACUUGCAAGGACGCAUUUAUGUCGGCAUUUUCCAUCAUAGAAUCAAUGGAACAAAUAGCUGAACCAGCAAUGUGGACCAAACUAGUGACACCUAUUCAAAGUACGAAUUCUAUAGAACUCGGUAUUCUUCUGAAAAAAAUGUACAGAAACAGUGAUUUAACUUUACAUGAUGGUAUCAGAACUAAAAUAUCGGAAGAAAGAGAUCCAAAACAAAUUCAGAUAACUUAUCCUGUUAAAUUGUUUAGUGACAGCCUCAUCGGCCAUGAAAACGAUCAUUCAUUCCUUCAAUACUUUUUAAGUUGGAUGACGUUACUUCUUGAACGCCAAAGGAGAACCCAUAUAUACAUGGAAAACAAGCCCUCAAAACGAAGUGCAGAGUUUCGGUCAGACAUGGCUGACUAUUCAAAGAAAGCUGACAAUACUUAUUUGGAGACUGGUCACCUUUUCCGAGAAAUUGGUCAUAUAUGUGAUUCUCUUAUCUGCUCUAACAGUCGCAACAAAGAUAUAGAUUUUCCUCCAAUUCAAAAUCUUGCAAGAGUUGUUGCAAAUCUUGUGUCUUACGGAUAUGCUUUUGAAUUGCUUGACGGUAACAGUUUUUAUAUGCCAACUGGAUGGAUUAAAAUGGUUCUAGAACUGUUACAUAAUUUAGCUGGUAAGGAAAAUGUUUUAACUCUUUCGGUUCUAGGCGUACAAAGUUCUGGAAAAUCAACGUUACUCAAUACUAUGUUUGGUUUACAAUUUCCAACAAGUUCUGGAAGAUGUACAAGAGGCAUACAUAUGCAGCUUAUACCCGUUUCCCGCCAGAAAUGCAACGAUUUCAAAAUUCCUUUUAAAUAUGUUCUAAUUAUUGAUACCGAGGGUGUUAGAGCACCAGAAUUUAUCGACACCUCUGAAACCUGUUUCAAACGAGACAACGAACUUUCGACUAUUAUAACUGGGUUAGGAGAUAUAACGAUGUUAAAUGUUAUGGGUGAAAGUUCCAGUGAAAUGCGCGAUAUAUUACCAAUUCUGGCGCAUGCAUUCCUAAGACUAAAGUUAGCAAAUAACAGAUUAGACAUUCGAAAAAGCUGUUUUUUCAUACAUCAAAACGUUUCUGAUGUGCGGGCGUCUGAAAAAAUGGAGCAAGGCUUGCUUCAGUCCGUAAAAUACCUAGAUAAAGCUACAAAUGAGGCUGCUGAAUUUGAAGGUAUUUCGGAUAUCACUACGUUCAGCCAAAUCAUUGAAUUAGAUCCGGAAUCGCAUGUUUGGUACUUGCCUAAUUUUUGGCAAGGUUAUCCACCCAUGGCAAGUGUCAAUCAAAAAUAUUGCAACAAAGUUGUAGAGUUAAAUAGCCAUCUGGUUCGAAAAUCGAUGAAUGAACGAGAUAAGUCAUUUAAAACGCUUGCAGAUACGUUUAUACAUAUAAAUGACCUGUGGAAAGGUGUUCUUGCAGAGAACUUUGUUUUUUCUUUUCGUAAUAGUAUUGAAAAGAAAGCUUACAUAGAGUUGGAAAUAAAAAUGAAAGACGAACUUUGGACUUUAGAGUGUUCGUCCUGUGACACAAUAUUUCAGAUGGCUCAUAACAGGUUUUCUCAGUGCAACGACAAUGCAAGCUUGCGUAGCGCUAAAGGAGAAGUGAUAACAGAAAUGAAGCGUAUCAUAGCAACAGAAAAAUCUAAAACAGAGGAAAAAGUAGAGAAAUUCCUCAACGAAAACAAUUAUAAAGAUAUAACUAUUAAGUGGCAAGAAGCCUCAUUUAACCGCAUAAAAGUAUCUUGUCAAGAAAUGAUCGACAAUAGAAAGACAGAAAUUGAUCGGUUAUCAAACGGUCGAGAAGUUGAUAUCAUGAUAAGCAUUAUGUGUACAAAACAUGACGAAGAACUUCGAAGAAAAUCUCUCGAACUUGCAAAAGAAGUAGGGCCUUUAGGCAAGAGCCUUAAUGAGGAAGAGGCGAAUAAAAGGUUUGAGAAAAUUUGGAAGAAAUUUGUCGACGAGUCCAUAAGCACAGAUACCUUCAUAAGUUCCGAAUCAGACAAUUUUAUGAGAAAAUGCUUUUUAGACUGUCUAACUGACAAAUACGAAACUCAUGCGGCACUUCUAAACUCUAUUCUUAGCGAUUUCAGUUAUUUGGAUAAACGACUUGAGAUUAAAACAUUGCAUGGGUCAUUUGAAAAAAUUGAAAUCAAUGAAAAUCACAUUAGUUUAGUUUCCCAACUUAAAAAGUUAGCUGAAAAAUUUCGUCCAAAAUCUAAAGCUUCAGGCCUCAAAGCAGCACGCGAAGAUAUAGAAACUAUCUUUCUGAAUAUUGAUCUUAAGGUAAAACAUAUUUGUCAAAAAAAUAGAGAGAUAACGAGUAGAGACAUAAAAAAAUUUCUAAAUGAAGUUGAUUAUUUGAUAAGAAAUAUCCAGACAAAAAAUGCCAACUUUACUUUGAAAAUAACAUGUAUAUUACGGAUUGCCGUUUAUGUGAGUUGCUAUUCCUAUCAUCGGUUUAAAAAUGAAAAUGCUGCACACCAGCAGUCACAAGGUAUAAGCGUCCGCUUACAAAUGUACAAGAAACAAGUACAUGAACGCUUUUUAUCGCACUUGAUGCAGCGUAAAACUGAGGAUAUUGCUGCAAAAAUGAUGCGUACUGCAAUUGAGGAAUAUGUUCGUUUGUCAGUGAAAGAUGUAAUGUCAGUAAAAGUAAAAGGUGAGUUGAAGAAUCACUUGCCAAUACUGAAAUAUAAUCUAUUACUCGAAAUGAUGACAAGUCUAGUUCAGGAGAAGUGUUUUCACUCUUUUAUGCGUUACAUACUGAGACCAAAAGAAUAUGCAUAUCUUUGGGUCUCAAAAAUGGCGGAUCACAUAUUGUUUUCUGAGACUUCAAAAAUGUAUGAAACAUUGGCAAAACUAGAAAUUUCUAAAUUCCUCAGCGAUAUUAAUAAAAGCUUCUUAAACAGUGUUAAAGACUUUUCGGAAGAUACACCUUCUAUCGAAAAAUGGCUUCAACAUUUUAUAUCUCUUCUUUCAAGAUUUAAGAUUCCUAAAGAAUAUUUUCACAACGUAGUAAUAGAACUGGGGCGAAUAGAACGUUUGAAUAUAUCUGAAUUUACAGAUAAGAUUAUUGAAGAAUUACAAGACUCAGAAUAUACAAUUGUCGAGACCUUCACAAAAAUCUCUGAAAAUACAGUUAAAUGGGGCAGUUUUAACCCUGUCGAAGAAAUAUGUACAGAAAUAUGGGGUUGUCCCGAACAAUGCUUAUUUUGUGGUGAACCUUGCAUUAAAGGGUAUGUACAUAAUAUAGAAAGCAGCCACAUAUGUUUACAACACAGACCGUGGGGAUGCUCUGGCUUGUAUGAUAGAGAAAAUGGAAGGAUUUUAUUAGAAACAUGCAACCUCAGUGCAAUGGGAAAUGCCAAAGUACAAUGCUCCAUUAUUGACUUUAAAUGUAACCCACAAAACAGGGUGCCUUGCAGCGAAGAAUGGCAUCUAUUUAAGGAGUAUAAAACCUUUGCUCCAGGCUGGGAUAUUGAGCCUGCGAACAAUAUGGACGAUAGAUCGAAGUUUUGGAUGUGGUUUAUAGGUGUAUAUGCUGAGGAACUUAGCGAAUAUCAUACUGUGGAUGUUACAAAUGUACCAAAGUCAUGGGAAAAUAUUUCUGAGCAUGAUGCACUGCGUAGCUUAAGAACAUUUUAUGGAUUAGGUGAGCGGACGGAGAACAAAUGAAAACUAUUUACCACUGCAUAACUACAUUAACGUUUGCAUCUGUCAGUUUUGGUGAGCUUUAUAUCUAAAUAUAUUUUAAACUUGUAACCUACUCCUUAGUCCUUGCAUAAAAAUUGUUUUACCCCUCGAAAAACGCUUUUGAAGGCAGUUUUCAUCCUAGACUCUUGACACUUUUUCAAUAAAAUGUAAAAGCUUUUUCAUGUUAUGUAAAGGGUAAUUCCAUUUCAUUUUUUCACAGUCUAUUCGAAAACCGUAUUCUAAAGUCAACAUAAGUUGUGGAAUUAUGUACAUAUGUUGUAUGCAUGAACGUAAGAGCAAGUAUAAUAUGUUGUAUUGUAACAGAUUUAUAUAGCCUCCUUUUGCAGAUAAACAAAUUAGAAAGCGCUUUACAGAUAAAGGCAGCCACUUAUCUACGAGCAAUUUUUUCCGGAUGUUCCCCAUUUGCAAAAAAAAACUGCUUCUUCAAAUAUUCCUUUCUAUCAAAAUCUAUGCCAAACAUUAAUGUUAAAUGAUCAAAAUAUGACUAAUGAUGUACCAUCUGACCAAAUAUAGAAAAAAACUUCAUUAUUUUGGCAUUCGCCAUAAAUUUUUGUAAGACGUACAAGGUGGUAGGGGAGGGUCAUUUCAAAUAUCUACUUAAGUAGACCAGGGGCCGUAUUCAUAAAGCAUCUUAAGUAUAAGAAAUUGAUUAUUUACUUAAGUAUUACUUAGGUUAGAAAUUUAUUUUACUUAUUAAUAAGUAUAUUUGUUAUUCAUAAAACAACUUAAUAAGUAAUUCUUGUUUUUUAUUGUGGACGAAAACAUUAAUAAAACAACAUUAAUUUCAGACAGAUACAACAUGCACAAUUAUGUUUAAAGUGUUUUAUCUGAAAACAACACUUUAAUCGUACUCACCACGCUAUUUUAUUUUCUGACUUAAGUCAUUUCUUACGUAUCUUAAGUUUUAGCUGUUUUAUGACUAGAACUUAAGUUUUUACUUAGACUUAAGUUGAAAUCACCACAAACUUAAGUAAAAUCUUAAACUUAAGUCAAAACUUAUACUUAAGAUGCUUUAUGAAUACGGCCCCAGGUUUGAUUCGGACAUUAUCUGAAUAUAUACUCUUGUGACACGUUGAUUUGAGUUUUAUAAAGGUAAUGUUGUCGUUAUUGUUUGAUAAUUAUAUCACUUUUUAUUCAUAUUAAACAGUAAUUUGGCUGGAUGCAACAUGUUUAAUAAAACACCAGUACUACCAAUUUUAAUUUCAGAAAUGUUUAAAGAGUGGGUUAAGAAAAUGUCCGAAAGAGUAUUAUUACGAGUUUGGUGAACUGUGCUUUUUCUACUCUUGUUUGUCUUAGAAACUAAUGUUCUUCAAGCUCACAGAGUAAGAAAAGAUAUUAAUGAUAGAUAAAAAAAAUUCCUGCGUCCUUAAAGAGUCUCGUUUUUGUCAUGUCCGGUGUUUAGCAGUGCAACAAGAAAAACACGCAUCAUUGUCCUUUUGAUAAAAACGUUUAAGAUUAUUUAUACUACUGAAAAUCCUAUAACAUGGCAAGAAUACAGUUCUUUCUUCUGUAUUUACCCCAAUACCAUGACAGUUUUCUGGAUAUUUAGACAUAGAGAAAAGAUAGUAUUACGUAAUAAAGGGAUGCUUCCAUUUGUAUCAGCUAUAAAUGAUAGCUAGAUUGAUACUUUCCUAUAAAUCGAUUGUUUCUUGUUUACACCUCUUUUUUAAUGUAUAUUCUUGUUCGAAUUACUCGGAAAACAUACAAAGUAUAUCAUUUGUCAUACUUAUAUCUUUGAAUGAUUUGUGGUCCUCAUUAAUUAUAGUUAAUAAAUGCAUCAUUAAAUAUAGUAUUUACCUUAUUUUCUAGGUAGAUAUAUUAAGAUUUGAUUUUGAAUGAGUUACAUCCUUAUGAAAUAUUUAACUAAUGAGUGCCUUGCGUUAUUUUUUUUUUCUUUUCAUAGCAUUUAAAAUAGGAAAAAUUUCUAGUAAACGCGGAUUUGAUAAAAAAUAAUACAUACGACCCAAAGAUUUGAAUAGUUUCUUUAACUUGAACCAUUUAUAUAAAUUUAUUUUGUUUCAUAAAUAGAAAAGCAAAAUUUUAUUAAAUACCAAAAAGAAAUCACGUCAAAGACUGUACCAUACAAAGUCAUAUAUUUGAUAACCAUAUUCUUUCGAAUUCGACCAUUGGAAAGUAGAGUGAAAAAAAUGGUAGGAAGGUCAUCUCUUGCUUGAGACUACAAAACUUUAAGUUCACGACACAUUUUUCAUUUAUAUUUAUUUUCUCAGAAUAUGUUUUCUGAUAUGUUUUACUUAUGUACUUAUGUAUGUCAUACAGAUAUCAUACAAAACAUAGUGAAGAAAAUAUGAAGCUGAAAUAACAACUAAGCCUUUAUACUUGGUGUUUCUCUAAAAGUACUUACUUAGGUCUUUACAAUAAGUAGAUUAUGUUCAUAAGAAAUAUUUUGGAACUAUUUUGGUAAUAUUACAGGAACCGUCCUAUGUUUAACUAGAAUCGGGGAUUCGCGAGGUCGAUCCUCUUUUGCUGUAUAUGACAAAUUGAUAACAAAACACUUGUAAAUCAGUACAUUCGUGAAGAAGAAUCAACCAUCAAAAUAGAAUAACAUCAGUUAAUUUCACUGGUCUAAAUACUGUCCUUAUAUAUUCGGAGGAAUUAUAUUAUAAAGAAAACUUUCAACUAGACUUCGCGUAGAAUAUAUGUGGUAGGAUUUCCAACAUAAAACAACAAAUAGAAAAUAAGAAUAAAAACUGAAUCAAGCGAUUUUAUAAUAAUUACAUUGUCCAGUAUUGUGUAAGUUAUCAAUACGAUAUGUUUUGUUGUUACGAAGAUAUUUAUACUUGUUGAUGACCUGAAAAUGUACUGAGGAUAGACGAAGCAAAUAAAUAACUGCACAGGGGAUAGCUAUUAAGUGGAUUGAGGAUAGUAACGAUGCAUUUUGAAUAAUGAGACUGGGAUAAUGAUUACGGCUUUUUACCUCUAUACAAAGUCAUGGGGACUUAAUUUCAUCAUUGUUCAUAUCGAGGGAUGAGACCAAAAGUGCUUUUUACCUGUAUGUACCUAAAACAGUUUCACUCUGACCUCUCGGUAUGCUCGUCUGUUUUUCCGUCCACUUGUCUAACUACUCGGCCUUGCAGAGCAAUACUUGCAAAGGUUGGUCAAAUUAAGUAAAUAUUGCAUUAACAGAUGGUGUUCAGUUACUUUUCUUAGUUUCUAAAGUGCGAUUUGCAAUUCAAUUUAAAUAGAUUUUGUCCACGGAAAUAAGUAUCCAUUUUUUCAAUUAAGUUACAAAUGGGUAAACAAUAUUGAGUUCACGAGUAUAUAUUAGUUAACCAUAGUGUGUGUGUUUCACAAGCCUCAACGUCCGAGUCGCAAAUAUUUGAAUAUGGUAUCAAGUUUAAGUCUGAUUUAUCGAGGGACUCAAAACAUAUGGCCUUAGAAUUGACGCGGUGUUUGCUAUAUAUGGUAUAGCUUUGUAAAUAACGUAGGCACGCUUUGCACACAGAAGUCAUCAGUUAGGGAUGAAAUAUUGUGAUUUAAUUUGGUACACUUGACGCUUUUUCUAAUACGGUGCUGUGCGUUUUGGUCUCUUGAUACUUAGAACACAAACAUGGUCUAUGCACGUUAACUACAGAGAGAAACUAAAUAUUGCGACCAACCUUGGUAUUUCGGCAACUUGCAUAUAGACGUUGAUUUGAAGAGCAUGGGUCAAAUUCAUUGUUACUUAGAUUGAAUUAGAAAUACAAUUAUAGGUCAUAUCGCGACUUCCCAGCUUUGAUGGUGGAAGAAGACACCAGGUGCCCCUUUGUGCAUUAUUUCAUCACGAGCGGGUACCUGGGUAGAACCACCGACCUUCCUAAGCCAGCUGGAUGGCUUUCCCACAUGAAGACUUCAACGCCCCGAGUGAGGCUCGAACCUACAUCGAUGAUGGGCAAGUGAUUUGAAGUCGGCGACCUUAACCACUCGGCCACGGAGGCCCGUUAAGAUAACGUGUAGUUGAUAUCUGGAUCCGAAAUUCACAAAAAAAUCUUGUUACGGAUAACACAGAUCAAACAGUAGUCGGUAAUAUAUUGGAUUGUUAUAUAGAUCCGUGUUUUCAUUGCCCCCAUAUUGUGGUAAGACCUAGUAAUAAGUCGAAUAAUUGAUAACGAAGAUGACAUUGAAUGUUGCUGCCCUGGCCCUAUCUGCCUAUGGUAAAAUGGGAUAUGUCUUGCUACCACUGGUACAACAUUUGGAUACUAGUGUUAGACGUACGUAUGGUAAAUAUUUCUAAAGACUGUAGUAAAUGAAAAUGUUUGAAAAAGACAUAUAUUGUUCAUGAUCAGUUUUACUAUCAGAAUACAGGGAUUUUGUCCCGGCAUUUUACAUACUAUCCACAGUACACAUUUGUCAACUUGGAAACUAUACUCAGUACAUAGUAUGGCUAUCCCCAGUACAAUAUUUUAAACAUUUCUAAGGGCAUAUCUUUAAGUGUUUAAAAGCUACAUUGCCAUUUCUUACAAUAAAAAUAGUUUAGCUUAUGCUUGUAAAAUUGUACGAUUUAGAAUUUUAAUUUAUUUGAAAUAUUUCUUAAAAUAACAAUAUUUGUUGAAAAUUUGUGAAUUUUGAGGUGAUCAUCUCAUAUUUUUAGUAAAAGUUUUCAUGCUCUGCUAACUCGUAAGCAUUAUACAAUACAUAAUAGUCCAGAUUUAUCAUUCAGCAAUUAGUUCAAACACUGAUUUCAUUUGUGGAUACGGUAGAUAAGCGUUAAUACAGCAAGACCUUACCUCUGGUAAAGAAAAACAACUGCACAUUUGUCUGUUUACUUAUCACUUUCUGAGCUAUAUCCGGUGUCCGUUUCCCCACAGUGAAAAUCUUUGGUACAAAUAAAACACUGGACGAACGACUGUUCGAAUAGGAAGAUUUAUUUUGAAUCACCAUUUUACUGGCGUCAGUGUCUUAAAUUUGAUUACGUUUAUCUAUCUAAACUAUCAUCUCAGUAUCCACCAGUGCAAAUGGAUUGAAACGUUAGUGCUAUGAUCAAACAGCACUGAAAGUGUUUAUGUUUGGUUUAGUUUUGUAAGCAACUUGUAUCUUAGCAACCGCUGGCUAGAAUUGUUUGGAACUUAAAAAAAAUUUUCACAGUGAUGGCCUUAAUUGCAAUGUCUAUGUUUUAUAACUUUUUAGGCUUUUCUCGUAUUGUUGUUGUUGUUUUAUUGUUGUUUUCUUACAUAGUAAUGCAAAUUUCAGACAUUUAACUUUGUAAAUUGGUAUCUCAGUGAGCACUAGUGGAAUAUAUCCGAAGUACAAAUGUAUAGGUUUCAUAACUCAGUUUGUCUUCAUUAUAAAGUUACGAUCUUUUACGACUAAGCAUUUCUUUUUCGGUUAGGAUUUUAUCUCAUUUUUUGCAGUUGAACAGCGAAAAUGUUCGUUUUGUAAUAAUAUAAAAACAGAAAGCCAUGCAUUUUUAAAAUAUAGUUUGUAUGAUGAUAUACGUUUCAAGAUGACACAGAAAGCAACAGAAGUCAACCAGAAUUUUUAACAUUAUCUGAUAGGGAUAAAUUGAAACUUUUCCUCAGUGAUUCCAGGUUAAUUAGAUUAAGUGCUUAAACCUGUUAUAAUAUUCUAAAUAGAAGAAUGUUUUAUCUAUCUAAAUAAUGUCCAUACAACAUUGUAUUUUAACAUGUAUGUUACAUUGUAUAUGACAAGAGGAUGCUGCUAAUCCAGUCUCUAAUGAUCUUACUAAGAUGACAUUUGGUUGUCUUAGAUGUUUUUGAAAAUUAUUGUAAUUCAGCUGUCAGCUUCUUAUCUUGAAUGCAUUUUACAUUAGGUACCAGCAACUCAUUCUCCUGUUUAGCUCAACCUUUCGAAGAAAAAAUAAAGCUAUUGCACUCGCCCUAGCUUCACCUUUGCCGUUGGUUAAAGCCUUUGGUAAAGUCAAAUGUCCCUGUUACUAUCAAGGCUGUUAACAUGAAACUUAAAAUGGCUGUUUAUUGUCAAAGUCUAUAACUCUGAUUUGAACGUUGACAGGGUUAAAUAGAUAAAUUUCUUUUAAACCUAAUUUUUUUUAUAAAGUCAAAUAAUUGCUUUGUUUCCAAAGCUUCUGAAAAUUAAGAGGUUAUUUUGUUGUUCACUAUCAAAGUACACUCCACGUAAAACAAUCCCUAUAACUCUGUUUAAAACUAUGACAGGGGUAUGUUAUUUUUUUUUGUUUUGUUUUAAUUUUGUUUUUUUUAGGCAGAUUUCUUAUGUUACUAUCAGUCAUAGCUUUUGAAUUGAAACUUAAAAAGUUAUUUACUAUCUAAGCCUAUAUUAGGAGAAACAAUUUUCGUAACGCUGUAUGGAUUUUGAGAGAUAUACCCUUUUAAACUUGGACUGUAUUGGUGAAUGUUCUUAAUAGAAUCUAAUAUCUCUGAUAUUAUCAACGGCUUUUGAUCUGAGACUUAAAAUGAUUUUUGAAUGUCAAAGAUCAAAGUCUACACCAGGAUAGACAUUCUCAAGCUCUGAUUAUAUGUUUGAAAGAGGUAAGCCCCUUUUAAUGGCAAUGGCCUGGUUCGGAGUCAAGCACGGAGAAAGGUCGAGUGUGCUGCCUUUUGGACAAUUGUAUUGUGCUUCAAUGUAGUUUUAGGUCGCACUUUUAUUACUUUUUUUCAGAAGCGAUUAGCAACAACAUCUUGGUUUUAUUAUAAUUAUAUGUAAAUUUGAAUGAUAGACAUAGUGUAAUAUAACAGUGUCUUAUAAUUCUAAUGAUUUGAAUGACUAUGUACUGAUGUUUUUAAUGUGUUAAUUAUUUUAUGUCCUUGUUUUGUUUGUACACAGAUUAGACUAUAAUUAAAAAUAAAACAUUUUUGUGACAAAACAUUUGAAUAGUCGAGCGUGACUGUCCACUGACAGUUCUUUUCAUAUGCAAAUAGCUUUAAAUGAUCGAAUCUUUUCAAAGGCGUGAAUACUAAACAUAGAUAAAAAAUAAUAAUAAAUAAACAUUAUCCACACAGGUUUACUUUUCUGUCAAAAUUUGACAAAAUAAUGAUGCUGUUGUAUGUUUUAUAAUUUGAUUUUUAAAUGUAAAAAACUGUAACAUUGAUGUCUUUUUAUGACUCUCUAAAUAUUGGAUGUGCUGGUGAAUUUAUAAAAUGUCUACGUUUAAAAUUGUGGACAUUUUAUGACGUUUACAAUAUAUGUGUCCAAACUUAUGCAAUAUUUCAGAAAUAUAAGAUUUAAAAUGUUAGCAAAAAGUAAGUGAUGUUAAAUGUGUCAAUUUUAUCUGAUAUAUUUUUUGAAUUUGUUGCAAUUAUUCAAUGAACCGUUUUUGAGUAAAUGUGUUGUUUUGCCUUAUUAAUAGAUGAAAUAAGCAAGUAGUAAGGUAUUUCUGCACGUUCUGAUCAAUUUUUUUUCCUCAAUGUACAAUGUAGAAAUUGAUUAAAACUUGAAUUUUCAAAACUUCAUAAUAGACUUAGAAAAUUUUGCAUAUAAUAAACAAAGAGUCUUGUGCUUGAUAUUUUGCUAGAAGAAGACUGAUUUAAAAAUUUCAAACCUCACAGACGGUUUCAUAAUGGAAGUCUACGUGAAAUCAAAAUUUUGAUUCAUUUUCGCAGAUAGAUUUUUUUCUACAAUAUAGAUUGUUAUGAAACUUCCGGCAGUCGUAAAUAAACGUAUGGCCAAUAAUUUGGUGAACUAAUAUGCAUAUGUCCGUGUGCAUGAUUUUUACGAUAUUUGCCUAUAAUUAAUAUAUCAAUAUAAUUGAUUAACUAAUAUCUGCACAUUUCAAGCUGAAUUUUAGACAUCAUUUAGCUAAUCUUAACGGUAUCAAACGUUUUAAUAUCAUAUUUAAUCAGUAAAAAGAUAGUAUCAUUGCCGUUUUAAAUGUUUAAUGUUGCUAUCUCUUUUAAAUGUGUAAUGUCUUUUUUAACAAGUGAAUCAUAUUUUAAGGGUGCAGCUAAAAUACGGUAUAUCAUCCCGCUUCCGCCCUAGCAAAUGUGAUGCUUCUCCCCCGGCCCGUCAUGUGGCAAUAUUACAAUCUCUAAUUAAUUAUGUCACUUUAUGUCUUUUUAAUUCAGGAGAAGUCAUACCAUAAUUUAUCUGUAGCCCGAAAUUUUCCAGAACCAUAAAUAUGUAACAAACUGUAUAACACUUAGAAAUAACUUACCGCAGUUGUAGAUCUAUUCCACCAUGAAUAAUAUAUAUCCAUUUUAUACUUUAAUUAAAUUAGACAACUGUUAUGACACUUAUUUGAAAUCACAUUAGUGAGUAAACAAUACAGCUCCACGUGUACACAUUCACAACGCGCACAGAAUUCUUAUUUAUUUUGACCUAUGUCAACUAGACCGGAAACACCCCCGCACAUGGUUCCACUGAAAUAGUCGAUAUAUUCAAGGUCAGUAUCACCCUUGUGAAUGUGUACUGCGUUAACUUUAUUGUCUACCACAUAGAAACUCUAGAAUUAUUACCUAUUUAAAACUACAAACUGUCCCCAUUUAUAUAAAAAAAACUAUGUAAAUGUUUGUUUCAAUAUUGCUAUGUAUAUACAUCCACAUUUGUUAAUAUAAUAAAUCAUGUUGUUCUCAUGUAUGUAUGCUGUAGAACCUGGUUGUAAAUAAAAGUAUCUGUUUGGCUGUC